CCAGGGCCCAGCGCAGGCCCCGCGCCGCGCUCGCCAUGGCAACCGCGCCGCGCGCCCUGCACGUGACCGCGGGCCGGCCGCGCGCCGCACGUGACCCGGCGGGGCGGGGCCAAGAUGGCGGUGUGCAUCGCCGUGAUCGCCAAGGAGAAUUACCCCCUGUACAUCCGGAGUGUCCCCACGGAGAACGAGCUCAAGUUCCACUACACGGUGCACACCUCCCUGGACGUGGUGGACGAGAAGAUCUCGGCCAUGGGCAAGGCCCUGGUGGACCAGAGGGAGCUCUACCUGGGGCUGCUCUACCCCACUGAAGACUACAAGGUGUACGGCUACGUGACCAACUCCAAGGUGAAGUUUGUCAUGGUGGUGGAUUCCUCCAACACAGCCCUGAGGGACAACGAGAUCCGCAGUAUGUUCCGAAAGCUGCACAAUUCCUACACAGACAUCAUGUGUAACCCCUUCUACAACCCUGGGGACAGGAUCCAUUCCAGGGCUUUUGAUACUAUGGUGAACUCCAUGAUGAUGCAGGUGUGCUGAACCCCUUCCCACCCCCUGGGAAACAUUCCCUGUGUGCAGGAGCACGCCUGCAGUGCUGUAAAUAUUCCAUUCUGUGUAAUAACUUAAAUUUGUUCUGUGUAAAAUAAACCUGCUGCCUGCAA